AUGUUUGGCUCAGUACUAGCUCCACCACCCAUCGAUAAUGUCACAGACCUUAAAGAACCUAACUGGUCUAAAGAACAACCUCCCUCGUACACACCAUCCGGGUCUUACCUCACUGGACCAGACAAGUUCGUUGAUCUCCAUCUCGAUGACCUCAAAGACACAAACUAUGAUGUUUGCAACGAAGCAGCAAGAGCCUCUAGUAGAUGGGCCGACGGAUGCGCAUCAGAAGUGACUGUCUCACCACCCAGCCAAGCAUACUUUGCCGACGUAGGAAGUCAAAAAUCUGUCACGAGGGUAGUUUCUCAAUGGUCCCAAGAACAAACUCUCCCUGUUUAUGAGCCGUACCAGAUUGAACAAACUAUGAUAGCAGAAGCCAACCCCCAAUCCAACAAUGAAGCAACACAUUCCUCAACCUGGUGGUCCGCUCGCUGGUCCACAACAUGGGCCCAAGCAUUCGGAGACACAAUCGCACCACCCAACCCCGUUCACUUUCCCUCUGCAAAACCCCCUAACCUCAACCAAACCACCAGUCUCACCGGCCGAAACCCGCACAAAGGAUUCCACAAGACCAAAAUCUUACUCGCCAAAAAACUCAUGAGUCGGAUCACUUCAAUUCACGGAAGCAAACACACUUCCACAACUUCCUACGAGGAGCUCACCCCAGACCGUCGGAACCCAUACGACAACGCAGCAAAAUCCUUCAUCGACUGCGCCAAAACUUUACUUCUACAGUCUGAAGGACCGAAUCAACGAGUAGAUGAUUGGAUGAUCAUGGGAUUUAUUGAUGAGAAAUAUACGGUUCCAGAGGAUGGAGAGAAGAGACCGUAUUUGUUUGGAGAGUGGGAGUAUUUGUGGGCGGUUGAAGAGGAUGAGGUUGCGACGAGCAGGAAUUCAAUGGUUGGAAAAGAUCCGAGAGCUGGGAAAUCUUGGAGAGAUGGCUGUACGUGGUUUCCGCAGUGUCGUGCACCGACAGCGGAGGAUUGGAGGUGGUGGUGGGGAGAAUGGAAGAAAGUGCCGAGGGCGAUUCGGGAGUGGAAAUCUAGGGAGGAAGUUUGGCCGUGGCAGCGGGGACUCUAG